CCGAGAGGAGUCUGCUUUCUACUUUAGCUGAGAAAAGACACGAAGAUUUGUUUUUAGGACAGUACACUGUAGGCGAAUGUUUGUAUUUCUGAAUGUCCUGGUUCAUUAUUUCGUAUACGAAUCGCGCCAUUGAUCCUGUGAGGGAACUGUGAUUAUCUGAUUCUGAAUAUGGAACAAAGAGCAAGGGCGGCGAGGAGGGUGAGAGGAUGGUGGCUCGACGCUGUGUUGUCUGUGCUUUUGUGGAACUUGACAUCGGCGCAAUUGAGAUACUCGAUUUCUGAAGAGGUUAAGGAAGGGACGUUGGUUGGAAAUAUAGCAAAAGAUCUUGGACUGGACAAGAGCACGCUGAGGGAUAGAAAGUACCGCAUUGUGUCCAGCAGCGCGGAUCCUCUUUUUUACGUCAAUCAAAACGACGGCCUCCUGUAUGUGCACCGUAAGAUUGACAGGGAGGAGAUAUGCGAGCGGACCAGCACGUGCGUGAUCAAUUUAAAAACGGUUUUGGAAAACCCCCUGGAAGUGCAUUAUGUUGGAGUGGACGUGCAGGAUAUUAAUGAUCAUGAGCCAAGUUUCCCGGAGAAAGAAAUUACUCUUGAGAUAUCCGAGUCUGUGUUACCUGGAGUACGUAUUCCGCUGAAGGCAUCUCGAGAUCCAGACGCUGGUGUUUUUUCCAUUCAGCAAUAUAAACUCAGCCAAAACGAUUUCUUUCGUUUGGAGGUUAAGGAUAAAGGAGAAGACGGUAAAAUACCGAUUUUAAUCGUACAGAAAUCUUUAGACAGAGAAACGGCGACAAGUCACUCCCUGGUUUUAACUGCACUGGAUGGAGGAAAACCUCCGAAAUUUGGCGAAAUGAAUAUUAAUGUAAAGGUUUUAGACGUAAAUGACAACGUCCCUGCGUUCUCUCAAGAGACGUACUCCGUAAUGCUUAACGAAAAUGUCCCAGUAGGUACAACAAUUAUACGCGUGAAUGCGACUGAUUCUGAUGAAGGGCCUAAUGGAGUGGUUGUUUAUUCAUUCAGUAACAGUGUCAGCCACAGACUGCUCAAUCUGUUUGAUAUAAAUCCAUCAACAGGUGAAAUCACAGUCAAAGGUUCCAUAGACUAUGAGGACAAGAGUAGAUAUGAAAUAGAAAUACAGGCGUCAGACCGAGGCCUUGCGCCUCUGUCAACACAAAAGAGUGUAAUUAUUACCGUUACUGACGUGAAUGAUAACGCACCCGAGAUUGAAGUCACAUCGUUUUCAAGUUAUGUCCCAGAAAACUCCAGACCUGGGUCUACAGUUGCCCUGAUCAGUGUGAAUGACUUGGACUCUGGUCUGAACGGAAAAGUAAUUCUGUCCAUAUCUGAAGACGUUCCUUUUGUUCUAUCACCAUCUCAGCAGGACAAGAUGUUUUCUCUAGUGACUAAAUCCCCUUUGGACAGAGAGAAACAGCAACUGUAUGAUGUCAUCAUUGUUGCCAAGGAUGCUGGUCAUCCUCAGUUAUCAUCUGAGAAGACCAUAAAUGUCCGUGUGUCUGAUGUGAAUGACAACAGCCCAGAGUUUGCCCAGAGCCCCUAUACUUUUUAUGUUACUGAGGCCAAUGAACCGGGUGUUUCCUUGUUUUCAGUUAAAGCAUUUGAUGCUGAUGAUAAUGAGAAUGCACAGAUAUCAUAUCAUAUUGUUAAAGACGGACAUGGAGACAAUAAAAUGGCUUUGUUUUUUAACAUUAACUCGGAAAAUGGAGAAAUUAUUUCACUGAAAAGUUUUGAUUUUGAAGUCAUGAAAACUUUCCAGUUCCACGUUGUGGCGUCAGAUUCAGGAAGUCCGUCACUGAGCAGCAACGUCACAGUGAACGUGUUCAUUCUGGAUCAGAACGACAAUCCUCCAGUCAUUCUGUAUCCACUCAGCUCUAAUGGUUCUGCUGAAGGUGUGGAGGAGAUUCCCCGCAAUGUGGACGCAGGACACUUGGUGACUAAAGUCAGAGCCUAUGAUCCUGAUAUAGGAUAUAACGGCUGGUUACUGUUUUCACUGCAGGAAGUUUCUGACCACAGUCUGUUUAAUUUGGACCGAUAUACAGGACAGAUCAAAACACUUCGUCCAUUCACAGAGACAGACGAGGCUGAGCAUAAACUGGUCAUACUGGUGAAAGACAAUGGGAACGUUUCACUGUCAGCAACAGCUACUGUGAUUGUCAAAGUUGUGGAGCCCAAAGAAGCUUUUGCAGCUUCUGAUGUGAAAAGUUCAACCAAAGCAGAUGAGGACAAUGAUGUGACUUUUUACCUGAUGAUAACUUUGGCCUCAGUUUCUGCUCUUUUUCUCAUCAGUAUCAUUGUGCUGAUUGCAAUGCAGUGCUCCAAGUCCACAGACUAUACUUCUAAAUAUCUACCAGAGCCAAACUAUGAUGGAACAUUGUGUCACAGCAUCCAGUACAGAUCUGGAGACAAACGGUACAUGUUAGUUGGACCCAGGAUGAGUAUUGGAUCUACUAUAGUCCCAGGAAGUCAUGCUAAUACUCUGGUCCUCCCUGACAGGAGAGGAGUGUCUACAGAGUGCACAUUACUUUUUUGCAUGAUGUUGGUUGAUGUGUGGUUGCAAUUAGUUGUCAAGCAGAAGAGAUGGAUUUUUUUGAUUGGAAAAUACAAUGAUGUUAGUGUUCUAUUGAGAAAUAUCAUCCGACUGCAAGAACUCUGA